UAUUUUUUUAUUAUUUUCCCUCUUCCUUGUUCUUUUUCCUUUCAUCCUCUUUUUUUUCCAUUAUUUUAUCUUCAAUUCUAAAACAAAAUCAAAACUAUUAUUUGUAAUCACUCAAUCGCGUUCUUAAUUCCCCAUUAACAAUGUCCCAGCUCGACGCUCGGGCAGCCGCGCAGGUAUGUCGUAUAGCCGACGACCUAUGUGCACAUGAAGGCCACAUUCUUUUUGACGCGCCCCUCCGACGACCACCACCAGCCGCCACCGCCACUGCCAGGGCAGCCACCUCACUUCUGACUAGCGCGCUCACAUCACUCUGGCAGCGGCCGACGCAGGCGCUCACCCAAACGCUUUUUGGAACCAGCUCUACCUCCCCGACAUCACCAUCAGCAACAGCAACAGCAGAAUCAACAUCAGAGAUGCCCGGUGAUCAUUUGCAUAGAAUAGAGUCCAGACUGCUGACAUUUUCCGAGACCACCCCUGGAAAGGGGAUGGUUUGGCUGGCAUGGGACGAGUGCCGCAGCCUCUACCAGGUGUUCCGCAGCUUCGAAUGCGUGGAUAUCACGGGCAAGCCCACAUCUUUGGUAGACACAUUUGUGUCGCGGUUGACUUCCGGCGAAGCCACCCGGGCGCCCAGCGCCCUGCGGCAGUGGACGCUGUGGAGGAGGGAGAAGCCGCAUGCGGAGGAAAUGUGCGAUGAGGCGCGGGUGCGUGCUGCUGCUUGGGUGCUGAUUUCCAGCGUGUUUGCGCGCGCCACAGCGCUAAGGAUCUCGGCAGAGGCAGAGGAGGUGGAGGAGCGCGAUGCCCAGGCAGUGCUGACGUGGUUCCCGCAGCUGCAGUGCUUAGAAAUACAAAGCAUUCCGCAGCCAGCGUUAAGGUUCUGGAGCGCCUGGUUGCCGAGUCGCUUGACGUGUCUGCACCUGCGACAUGCCGGGCUUGAUCUGCAAAAGGCGCUUGGGCUCGAGGACGCAGAAAAAGAGGGGGAUGAGGGGGAGGAGAGCAAUGGUGAGAGUCAGCAGCAGGGGCGGCAGUGGAACCGCUUGGUUUUGCUGGAUCUCUCGGGGAACCCCGGCAUUGAUCUGACGCCGUUGCGCGGGGCGCUGGCGCAGCAGACAGCGCGCAUCGAGCGGCUCUCCUUGGCACAGUGCGAGCUGGACGCGGUGCCAGACUCCCUCAGCCUCCUGUACGCGCUCAGCUGGCUGGACCUUCAGGCCAACGCGAUUACAGAUCUCGCGGACAUUUCGCUGAAGCUCGGCAGCAUCGUCCGACUCAACCUGGCGCACAACGCCAUCGCAGACGUCUCCGGCUUGCGUCGGCUCUGGGCGCUCGAAUCAUUGGAUCUCUCCGGGAAUCUGAUUGACCGGUGGGAAGCCCUGCUUGUUCUGCGUAAUUUGCCGUCGUUGGCGGAUCUGCGUGUUGCUGGGAAUCCGUUUGUGGAGGCAGAUGCAAUGGGGGAGUAUCGCGCCCAGGUGUUUUCGGCCUUUGAUCAUCGCGAUGUCGCACUGGAGCUGGAUGCCAGUGGGCCGACGGCGCAGGAGCGCAGGGCGAUGGCGAAAAUUCCACGCGUGGCCACAGGCCAUUGCACCGCAGUGGCGACAACCACAGCCGCUGAUGCCGAGGCAGCAGGGGUGAAGGUUACGUCGCCGCGCACUAUGCAAGCGGCAGCGGCCGUGGCCGUGGCCGUGGCCAAGCUACGGCGUCCCAAAGUGGCCUUCAUCGAAGAAUCGCAGGACGAUUACCCGAGCGACACCUCAUCCGUAGCCAAGAGCCCUCGGGCAUCCAUGGCCAUUGCAUCUCCGGCGCCGCUGUUGUCAUUGGCGGAUAAGACGCCGCACGUUAUGCGCGCGACAGAGCUCCAAGAGGCUGUUACCAUGGCGGCAGGGCAUCGACGCAGCAGUAUGGUUGGUGCACUGCCGGCUACUUCACCGGUGGCCAUGCACCAGGGGACUGCGCUGAAGCGCCGCGCUACAGCCACUACUGCCACGGGUCUGCGCAUGUCGCCGUUGGCAAUACAGCGCCAGGGUCAGACUUCUUUGACACCGCCGAUGCCGCCGCCAGCGUCCGCCCAGAGCUACACACCGGGGAGGCCUGAGGGUAGGGAUCCUGAGAGGUACCGCAGGCGCGUCGAGAUGAUGCGUGCUGAGGCUGGGUCAUCGUGGUUGCGCGCGUUUGCUGAGCUGCAGUCACAGUCACCGGCGCCAGCACCUGGCACCGGAGCUGUGCAUUGUGAGUCGGAUUGGGGGUCGGAACGCACUGUGGAGAGUCCUGCGGCAGUGUCGCGGUCGUCGUCGUCGUCGCCGGAGCGUGUGAGUGUUGGUGCGAAUCCGAAUGCGAAUGCGUUGGACACACAGUUGCCGAGCUUUUUGUUUCCGCGCAGGCGCAAUGCGGCGGCUGGAGCUGCAGCUGGGGCAUCGAGGAGGAAGGAUGUGGCGAGAUUGCCGCAUUAUACGGAGCCCGAGCCUGAGUGUGCGUCUGCAGCUGGGUCUGUGGCUGGGUCGGUGCCGGCGGAGGUGAUUAUAGAGCGCGUGGUGGCGGAUACAGCAGAAGCAGAUGCAGAGGCGCUGUCUGGCAAAGAAGAAGAUAAUGAUAAUGGCAAAAUUGGCAAGGAAGGUGCUUUGCCGGCCAUUAGCGAGCUGCAGCGUAUCUUGAAGAGUGACGCGACCGCGCGUGUCGUUGCUGAGGAAAUUUCUGUUGUGCGGUACCAGUGUGUGCCGCUGGCGAUGGCAUCGGAUAGUGGGGGUGCGGUGCAGCGUGUCGAAUGUGGGGUGCGCACGGUCAUUGUGACUUCCACUGAAGUGAUCGAACUCGACGUGUCUGGUGACCGCACAGCAGCCACGACGCCCCUGAAGGCUAUCGUACGGGUCGCUGCCUCUGCUGAAGAGGCCGUGAUGCUCGUCGAGGCCAAGGGUGACCGCUUUGACUCGCCCGCGUGGACCGAGUAUGCAUUCACUGACGAUCUCUUUUCGGCCAUCGAUUCGGCGGCCAAGGGCAACGCGGAGAGAGGGCUGGAGGCGCACCUGUAUAAGCAAGCCGAGUGUCUGCGCUGCAGUUGGCGCGGGUUUAUUGACCGCGAGUACUGGAUUUUCGACAAGCUCCUUGGCUGCGUCUGUUCGGCCUCGACUUUGGCGGAUGAGUUUGUUGCUGUGGAGUCCGGCCCUACUGCUGAGCUGCAGUGCCCUGAGUGUGGGCGCAGUUAUUUGCGCGAGUUUUAUGCUGCCGACGAAGACCCAGCAGUGACUCCUAUUGCGGCCAACGAUAGCAGUUGCGGAGAUGGAGGCGGUGGCGGUAGCAAUGGUAGCGAUGAUGUGUGGCGGCAGGCGUUGCGCUCACGGCGUCCCAAGGCGGCGGCAGUGUCGGACAAGCCUACCGAUCGCGAUCAUAUGGCUGCUGCAGUGGCUGCAGCUGCUGAACACCGUGCGCAGUGUAUGCGUGAGGCUCGCCGCUUGGCUGCUGCGGACGUUGGGCGUAUGGGCGCGGCUGCCCAGCCUGGUAGCUUGGCAUUUGGCGAGGCCACUAAUGCUGUGCGGCUGUUUUUGGAGCUUAGCGUUUUUGGCGCCGAGGGUGAGCGGCUGAUGCGCUGGGUGCCUGCUGGUUUGGUGCGCCAGAUGCAGCCGCUUGUUCCUGCUUCUUUUUCUUCUUCGGGUUCUGCAAAUGCUAAUGCUGGUGCUGCUAGUGCCAGUGCGUUGGCUCCUGGGUUGGCGGAGAAGAGCGCGGUGCCGAGUAAGUGGGGGCUGGCAUCGUUCCUCGGAGGUGGCGGCGGAAGUUCAGCCUCACCCUCGGAUUCCAGGACGCUUGCAUCGGCGGUUUCUUCCAAGACACAGAAGGAUAAGAACCUCGCAGCAGCACAGCAAUCUGCUGCUGAUGCCGCUGCAUUGGAGCCGGCGUUGUGUGAGCAGGCCGUGUUCCUGGCACUGAGCUCACACGCACUCUAUGUGUUCUCACCCACGUGGGCAGCCCUGGAUUCCACAUCCCUGCCCCUGCGUUCCGAAAUCGAGCUUCAGCCUGAACGCUAUCUGGCCCUGGUCUUUACCUUGCCGUUGACCGAGCUUGGGCGCAUAGAUAUUGGACCUAAUCGCCAGUACUUGGCCCUGCAUUCCGCUCUUCUUUCUAUUUCCGAAGAUUCGCCAGUGCUGAUCCAUUGGGUUUCGGCGCCUUUGCAGAAGCUUUUAACGCCGGCUCUGCACCCUGCGUAUCCGCGCAAAGGGUUUAUUGAGUCGUCUUCUUUAUCCCAGGAGUUUGUCUCUGCGCAGCAUCGCGCGAGAAGCCCGUUUCCCGGUAGUGCGGGCGGGGACAAGGGUGGCAGCACGGCUGCGGGGGGGUCGGCAUUGGCGGCUUCGUCCUGUGUGUUGAUGAUUCGCGAUCGCUUGGCAUGCUCGGAUCUGCUGGAUGCGCUGGUGGAGAUUGGGUACGAGACCAGGGUGCUGGAUUCCGGCGCUGGUGCAGGUAGCGGGCGUCUGCGGGCGAUCAACCACGAUGUUGAGUGGGCUAUGCAUAAUCUCGUGCAGCAGGUGUUUUUGCGGCCUGACACCUUUUCCGACCUUGAUGAUGAGCAUAAAGAUAUGGCGCCGGUACCGGCACCUGCAGCAGCAGGUGCGGAGCUUGUUUGCCAGGACCGCUUGCGCACACUGCACACGUUACACCACGAGCUCUUGCGCUCGCCUAACAGUCAGCAGCCCGGAUCCCUGGUGGACGCAGCCAGCGGGGACAACGUCAUUAUCGACAAGGUCACGUACGAGUUCCUGCAGCUCUACUUUUGUGUCGGUCUCUCCCCUGUUAAUCCAAGCUUUUCUUCUCUUCAGGGCAUCCAGCCGGUGACACUGGUGGGGUCACCGCAGUUCGUGUAUCUUGUGCGCGAGCGUGUUGACGUAUGGCCACCGCCGGUGCCCGAUAUGAAUCUUGUGUAUCGGCAUUUGCAGCGCGUGGAGCCUCCGACUAUUGUUACUUCGGAUCCCGACACGUAUGAUCCUAAGGUUUUGGCGAAGGAGCUGUUGGCGCGGAAAUCCAACGCUACGAGUGCGGGAAGUGCGAUGAGUGCUAGGAGUGCGUUGAAUGGAUGUGCAGGGAUGGAAGAAGCGACAACAGCGGCAGUUAUGGUGGAUCCAUUGUUGAAUCAGUUGGUUGCGUCUGGCGUUUCUCAAUAUGAUCGCGUUUUGCGGGCACGCCCGGUUGCUGAUCUGCGCCGUAUUGUGCUUGUCAAUUAUCCUGUCGCUGUGCUGCCGCGGCCAUUGGGACAGCAGCAGCAGAAACAGCAACAGAAGCAGCAGCGCUUGCCUGUAGAUCCACCUAAUGUUUCUGCUGCGGCUGCGGUUGCUGCUGGUCAGGGCGAUUAUGAUGGGGAGGUGCUUGGUUGUGUUGGCACUAGCUGGCACGCUAUGCUGCGGAUCGAAUUUGCCACAGUCGAGCGGACAGGAGACACGAAUGUUUCUGAUGCUGCGGAGAAUCUCGAGGAGCAGGAUGUGUCUGGGUGGUGUGUUUGGUUUGCCACAUUGGCGAGUGCACAGGAGUGUGCAGAGUCGCUACAGGUGUUGGCUGCGUCUUCUAAGGUGACCGGCCUUGAAUUCUACGAGGCAUGAGUUUUUUUCUUUCAUGCAAUGAAGUAUAGUUGCGGUUUGUCGCUUGUGUGUAUUUUUAUAUUUCCAAAUAUUCAAUAUUAAAGUUUAGAACAUUUCUAU